AUGCUCUCUGCUCUUCUUUUAUUCCUUCUGCCCGUGUACGCCGACUGGCAGUACCGCAGUCGGUCCGACCUGGCUCCGCCCCAGCUGAACAUCACCAUCUUCGACCACGACAAGGCCUCUACAGACUAUCUUUUCGUGGCUCCGUUCUCUGGCUUCCCGGACAACACCCUGCACGGACCAAGACAGGCUGCUCCGUACAUCUUUUCCGCCGAGGGAGACCUUGUGUGGUCUGGGUACAGCAUCUUUUCGAUCUGGAACGCCAAUUUCCAGGCCGCCAAGUUCAACGGCCAGGACAUUUUGUUUUCUUUUGAAGGAGACCACAACCCGGCCUAUGGCCAUGGCCACGGCCACCACACGUUCCUGAACAACCGCUACGAGCUCGUCAAGGAGCUGCGUGCCGGCAAGCACAAGCUUUCUGACAAGCACGAGUUCCACAUCAAGGACGAGAAAACCGGCUUGCUUCAAGUUUACCAGCCGGUUCCCCGGGACCUUAGCGAAUUUGGUGCUUCUGAGGAGCAACAAUGGAUUGUGAACGCCAUUUUCCAGGAACUUGACCUUGAGACCGGCGAGGUGCUGUUUGAAUGGGCCUCUUUGGACCACGUUUCUCCGCACGAGUCUGUGCUCCCAAUUAACCCUGGUUAUGCCGGUUCUGGUUAUAACUCGAGCGAUGCGUGGGAUUACUUCCAUAUCAACUCGGUCGACAAGGACGAGAACGGAGACUACCUGCUCUCUGCCAGAGACGCCGCCUCGGUGUACAAGAUCGACGGAAAGACAGGCGAGGUUAUCUGGAAGCUGGGAGGCAUUCCUGGCGAGACCAGCUCGAGCUUUGAAAACGUUGGUGGCUUUAGAUUCGGCUUCCAGCACCACGCAAGGUACCUGUGGACUUCCGAGGACGGCAAGAAACAGAUCAUCUCGUUCUUUGACAACUCUGCCCACGGAACAGAGGACAAACACGGCCAUUUGGUGAAGAUCAACGAGGUUUCCAGCGGAAAAGUUGUUGAGGUGAACACCGAGACGUGGGAGGCCAAGCUGCUCAAGAACUACCAGGCCCCAUACGGCCUGCUUGCCAAAUCGCAGGGUUCUGCGCAGGUCUUGGAGUCGGGCAAUGUGCUGGUGAACUGGGGUUCUGAGGGCGCCGUUACCGAGUACACUGCAGACGGCGAGAUUGUGUUCCAUGCGUUCUUGGAAUCGGGAGAAUUGGCCGACAAGGUCGAGAACUACCGUGCUUUCAAAUACGACUGGCACGGAUAUCCAACCGAGGACGUUGCGGUGCUUUCUGAGAUCACCGACGACGGAGAGACGCAGAUCUACGUCUCGUGGAACGGAGACACCGAGACCAAGCUAUGGAAAUUCUAUGCGGUGAAAAACGGCAGCAAGACGUAUAUUGGCGAGGCCAAGAGAACCGGGUUCGAGACCAAGUACAAGGUCGCCGAAACCCACGAAGCUGUUUAUGCGGAAGCCCUGGACAAAUCGGGCCGUAUCCUGGCCUCUUCCGAACCGGCUAUCGCCAUCCAGCAGGUCCUACCGUUCAAAGCCGUUGCAGCACAGCCCGAAACUUUGCAACCAAAUUUUUUGAACUAUUUCAGCUGGAGACAACAAAUCUAA